AUGGCCGCCGAUGACUUGAUUUGUAUGGUGUCUUUAGGCGAGAAGGCCAUGUUUAUGAAGCUCUGCUCGAAAACACGGUUUUAUGAACUGAAAUUUGAUGUGGCUAAAAGAAUGAAAGUACCUGAAGAAGCUUUAUCCUUGGUAUAUAAAUCCGAGAGGCACCCCAACUUGACUUUUUCAAUUGACAACGAAGAUGACUUAAAGUGCAUGUUGGAGUACAAUCGAAAUGUCGGUUGUACAGAGAUUCACCUGCUCGCUGUUGUUAAUAGUAUUGUUAAUAAAGAGUGUUCCAGUUCUGAAAUAAAGCAGAAAGUUAUUGGUGGAAUCAGUGAUGCCUCUUUGAAUGAAGAAUAUUGUCAUUCCCCUUCUGGCGGAAAUGCUUCCAAUUCAGAGAGAAUCCCAAAUGAUUGCCCGUCUGGUGAAAUUGUAAUGAGAGCUGAUGAUAUUAUCAGUAAAACUUACAACAUUCCAGACUGUUGGCAUACAACAUUAACUGAAAAGGGCCAACAAUUUGAAACUGUUAAUGAUUUAAGACUAGCGUUGCAAUACUAUUCCAUGGCGAAAAAGUUUGACUACGACUUUGUAAAGAAUGAACCUAAACGGCAAUCACGGGCAUCUCGUAGAUUCGUAGCAGAACAAUUGCGACCUGUCUUAAAAGUUCGACCUGAAAUCCGCCCAAAGGAUGUGCAAAAGGAGUUCCUCACUCGAUAUGGAUUGAGACUUGAAUACAGUAAGAUAUGGUGGGGCAAAGAAAGAGCGCAGGAGGCUAUGUACGGUGAUAGUUAUGAGUGUUACGAUCAAUUAAGAUGGUAUGAGCAAAAGGUGAAGGAAACAAAUCCAGGAAGCUACAUUUGCAUUGACCAGAAUGAAGGAAGGUUCAAAAGACUGUUUAUAUGUUAUGCUGCUUGCAUCGUUGGUUUCUUAAAUGGGUGUAGACCUCUAUUAUUUUUGGAUGGGACCUUCUUGAAAGAUAGAUACAAAGGCCUGCUCCUGAGCGCUGUAGCAUAUGAUGGAGACCAAGGGAUAUUUCCACUUGCGUAUUGCAUAUGUGAUCAGGAAAACGUUGAUAAUUGGAGAUGGUUCCUGCAAUGCUUGUGGUCUAUACUGUACGAAAGGCCAGACCCAUACAAUCCUCCCCAUCAACUGGUUAUUAUUUCUGAUGCCGACAAGGGAAUCCAAGAAGCGGUGAGAGAAUAUUUUACUGAAGCAAUUCACUCAAGAUGUGUUCUGCACCUGGUUGAAAAUUUUAGAUCUAAGCUAAAGGAUUUGGGAAUGAAAGCAAAGGACACACAUGUUUUGGGGAAUUUGCUCCAAUCAGCUUGCUAUAAAUACACUGUUGCGGAAUGGAACGACUACAUGAAGGAUAUAUAUGAGAUGUCUCCAGCUGCAUAUGAGAUUGUAAAUAACUACUCGCCAGAGCAUUGGGCGAAUGCCUUCUUCCCUGGCAUUAGGUACUGCCCUCAAUCAUUUCUAGUGAAUAUCCCCUUUUGCAGAUAUGGUCAUGUAACUUCUAACAUUGCAGAAUCCUUUAACAGCUGGAUACGUGAAGCUCGAAUGCUGCGUAUCCUGCAAAUGGUGGAGCAUAUCCGCAAGCAAAUUAUGACUCGCAUGAACAACAGACGCAUAAUGGCUGAAAAGUGGACAAGCUAUCUUUGUCCUAAAUCUGAGCAGAUUGUUAGAGAACAUAUGGAAAGAGGAUCUACGUUAGAGAUUAAGCAAUCUAGAGAUGAUAUAUUCGAAGUGCAAUCAUAG